CGUAAAAAUCUCAGAUUAAUCAGCUUCCAGGCCGAGCGGUGAGUCGGCGACGGCGGAGCAGCGGACCCGGAGCGACGACAGCGCGCUGUGCGCCGCGGGGCUGACGAUGUCCGUCGCGGGGGGCAGAGGCCGGACAUCAUGUGGCUGGUGCUGCUACUGGGGCUGGCCGCCGCCAAGCACGCUGCGCCGGUGGCCGGCGGCCGCGACCCCAACGUGGGCGUGGAGGACGCCCGCUGGGCCAUCGUCCACGACCCGCUGAGUGGCUGCUCCUGCAAGAAGGCCGCACCGGAAGGGCACGUCCUCUGCUUCGACCACGUCAGCUGCACGCGCUUCCCCAGCAACGUGACGGUGCGGACGUACUUCGGGGAGGCCGUGCUGCAGGUGCGGGCCACGAGCAUCGCGCGGCUGUCCGUCGGCGACCUGCGGCUGCUGCAGCACCUCACCGAGCUGGCCGUGGACAACAGCCGCGCCAUGGUGCGCGUGGAGCCCGGCGCGUUCCGCGGCAUGUCGCUGCUGCUCAACCUCAGCCUGUCCUUCCUCCCGCGCCUCCGGCACCUCGAGCCGGGCGCGCUGGAGGGGCUCACGGCGCUGCGCGAGCUCUACCUCAUGCGCAACGGCUUCCUCCGCCUCGGCGACGUGACGCCCGCGCUCGCCGUCCGCACCCUGCCGAGCCUCGUCGUCCUCAACCUGGACGACAACGCGCUGCGCGCGGUGGAGGCCCCGGACUUCCGACCGAUGGCCGGGACUUCCCUCGAGGUGCUGAGCCUGGCCGAGUGCGACCUGGGCGCGCUGCACCCCGAGGGGCUCGCGCCGCUGCACCGCCUCGCCGACCUGAACCUCAACGACAACCACCUGGAUGCCGGCCAGCUGGCCGCCGCCCUGGACCACCUCGGCGCACUCGGCGUGGCGCUGCAGAAGCUCGACCUCGGCUCCAUGGCGCUGAGCCUGCGCCUGCGGCCGGCGCUCCGGCCCACGUCCGCCUUCAACACUUCUGGUACCUUUGGCCUUACGGCCGGCCCAGACCCCCAGAGCGGGGUUACGACCGAGGACUCCCCUUCUUGGAUAAGCACCUCCGCCACGACGGAGGCCACAGAGGAGUCUCAGUCGCAGAUACUCGACGACCCCACGCCGCCUACCACCAGUCAAACUAGGCCAUGGGACCAGCCCGAUGGGCCCUUCCACCAGCUUCUGCAGAGCAUCGCGAGGUCAGAGGUGAAGGAGCUGGUGCUGCACGGCAACGAGGUGGCGCGCCUCCACAACGGCACCCUGCCUCGCAUGCCCGGGCUGCAGCGUUUGGACCUGAGCCACGUCGACCUGACGGAGGGCCUCCCCGGCGGGCUGUCUGCCGACGUGGUCCCGGAUCUGGAGCAGCUGGACCUCGGCGGCAACAGGCUGCCCGGUCUGUGGCCCGGCUUCCUCUCCGACCGCCUGCUCGUCCUCAACAUGACCGCCAGCGCGGCCCCCUACUUCAACCUGGCCUCGUCUGCCUUCCGCAACAUGAGCCGCCUGCGCUCGCUCGACCUGUCGUACAACCGCGUGUUCAGGCUGACCAACGUGACGUUCGCGGGGCUCGGCAGCUUGCAGGUGCUGACGUUGCGGAACUCGUCCCUCUUCAGGCUGGACGACGGCCUCUUCCUGCCCAUGGAACGCCUGGAGCGCCUGGACCUCAGCGGCAACCCGUUCCCGCUGUACCACAGCCUGCGGGCCGAACUGUUCCAAGGGCUCGGCGGGCUGCGGGUCCUGCUCCUGGCGGGCUGCAGCAUGCGCAGCCUGGCCCCGGACGCGUUCCGCCACCUGUCCUCGCUGCAGCAGCUCGACCUGCAGGACAACAACCUCCUCACCCUGGACGGCUCCUCCGCCUUCCGGCCCCUGCGCGCGCUCGAGCGCCUCGACGUGUCGCGGAACCGCAUCGGCCCAUGGCGCAGCGCUCUGUUCGACAACAACGAGCACCUGCGCGAGGUGCGCGUCGCGGGCAACCGCCUUACGUACCUCACGGCCGCCAUGCUGCAGGAGGCCGAGGGCGUGGACCUCCUGGACCUCGCCGACAACACCUUCCACUGCGGCUGCGACCUGUACCAGCCGGCCAGCGCGCGCCUGCUCACGAGCGACACUGGCGUCGUCACCCUCACGUCGAAGCUCGGUCGAUACAAGUGCCUGUCGCCGGACCGCUGGUGGAACCGCACCAUCGACGAGUUCCUGCAGUGGGCGACGGCGCACUCGGCGUGCGGGCCGGUCGACGCGGCCGCCCCGCUGUGGUGGGUGGGGCUGCUGCUGGGGCUCCUCUUCCUGCUGCUGCUGGGCUCGGCGGCCGUCACCUACCGCCUCCGCCACCACCUGCGCUACUACCUGGACACAAUCGCGGGGCGCCGCCGGGACAGCGCCCGGGAGCUGGCGGCACACGCCAACUUCCAGUACGACGCGUUCGUGUCCUACAGCAACGAGGACCAGGCCUUCGUGCACUUGAUGGUGACGACCCUGGAGAACGAGGCGCCCCACUUCCGGCUGUGCGUGUACGAGCGGGACUUCACGGUGGGCGCGGCCAUCACCGAGGCCGUGCUCAGCAGCGUGGCCUCGAGCCGGCGCGUCGUCCUGGUCGUGAGCCCCGCGUUCGCGCGCUCGCACUGGUGCGCGUGGGAGGCGCACAUCGCGCACCACCAGCGGCUGCUCGCCGAGGACGCCUUGCUCGUCGUCAGGCUGGGCGCCGUGCAGGACGCGCUGCUCACCCCGACGCUGCGCUACCUGCUCAACACCAGGAUCUACCUGGAGUGGUGCGAUACGGCGCCCGCGGACCGCCAGCGCGUCUUCUGGAGAAAGCUGCGCGCCGCGCUCGCGCCCCCAGUGGGGUCCCUGGGGCUGCUCCCCGUGCAGUAGGGCGCGUCAAAGAGCGGUGACUUUACACUCAGCUGUACGUCUUCUGGGGGGUCUACCCACCUGUGCCAUACUCCUCUCUCUGCUCUGGGACUUCCCCAUGAAAACGUGUUCCAUGCCCUUUCUCUACAGACGGCCCAAAAUCACAGUGCCAUUUUUGGCAUGAAAAGUGAGUGAUCCUCAAUUAGUGCUGAAAAUUUAGUUGUUUUUCGGGUGAUGAAGAGUCAGCGAGCGCGGUUUUUCCUGUUAGUCUGGCAGUGAAGAGGCGGCGGCGCGUGGCCCCAGGUGCUAAUUAGUCCUGCAAUCAUGCUGCUCUCACGGCCAAGCCCAGGCAAAACAUACGUUAGUGUAGAACAGAGCGAAGCAUGUUACCUGAUGCACUCUGGAAUGGAUAAAUAUUUGGGACAAGAAAAUAACAGUUUGGACUAUGGAUUACAGCAUUUAAUUUAAAUAUA